GCGAGCUUCGCGCGCGCUCGCCGCCCCUAGUUCCUAAAGUGCUGCGGACGCUCGCGACCGGCGGCACCCGAGAAGAGGGGCUCAGCGAAGCGGCGGGGACCGGUCGACAAAAGGAUGCCACGGAGAAAGAAAAAAGUUAAAGAAGUCUCUGAAGCUCAGAACCUGGAGAAGAAAGAUAUAGAAACUACCAGUUCUGUCAAUGUGAAGAAGCGUAGACUUGAGGAUGCAUUCAUUGUGAUAUCUGAUAGUGAUGGAGAGGAACCAAACGAGGAGAAUGGAUUGCAGAAAAUGAAGACAAAACAGUCGAAUAGAGCAAAGUGUUUGGCUAAAAGAAAAAUUGCACAAAUGACAGAAGAAGAACAGUUUGCUCUGGCUGUCAAAAUGAGUGAACAGGAAGCUAGGGAAGUGAACAGCCAGGAGGAGGAAGAAGAGGAGCUCUUGAGGAAAGCCAUUGCUGAAAGCCUGAAUAGUUGCCGGCCUUCUGAUGCUUCUGCUACCAGAUCUCGACCUCUGGCCGCUGGACCAUCUUCACAGUCACACCAAGAGAAAACCACAGACUCUGGGACCACUGAAGGCAUAUGGCAGCUGGUACCUCCAUCACUGUUUAAAGGCUCACAUAUCAGUCAGGGAAACGAGUCUGAGGAAAGAGAGGAGCCUUGGGACCACACUGAAAACACUGAAGAGGAGCCGGUCUCUGGCAGCUCAGGAAGCUGGGACCAGUCAAGCCAGCCAGUGUUUGAGAAUGAGAACGUUAAAUGUUUUGACAGAUGUACUGGCCACUUGGCUGAGCGCACACAGUGUGGGAAGCCACAGGAAAGUACUGGGAACGGUUGUGCUUUUCACAAAGCUGCCCAGGGUAGGGGGGACACAUCUAGGCACUGUCUUCCUACCCCAGCAGAUGCCAAAGGUCUCCAGGACAUUGGGGGCACUGUGCACUACUUCUGGGGUAUUCCAUUCUGCCCUGCUGGAGUAGACCCUAACCAAUAUACCAAGGUCAUUCUCUGCCAGUUGGAGGUUUAUCAAAAGAGCCUGAAAAUGGCUCAGAGGCAGCUCUUAAAAAAAAAAGGGUUUGGGGAACCAGUGUUACCUAGACCUCCUUCUCUGAUCCAGAAUGAAUGUGGCCAAGGAGAUCAGGCUAGUGAAAAAAAUGAAUGCAUCUCAGAAGAUAUGGGAGAUGAAGACAAAGAGGAGAGGCAGGAGUCUAGGGCAUCUGUCUGGCACUCAAAAACCAAGGAUUUCCAAGAAAGCCCAAUUAAAAGCUUGAAAGAGAAACUUUUGUUGGAGGAAGAACCAACAACCAGUCAUGGUCAGUCUUCCCAAGGGCUGUUUGUUGAAGAAACUUCUGAAGAAGGAAAUUCUGUACCUGCCUCACAGAGCAUUGCUGCUUUGAACAGUAAGAGAAGCUCAGUCCUUAUGCCAGAGAGUUCUGCAGAGGAAAUCACUGUGUGUCCUGAGACACAGCUAAGUUCCCCUGAGACUUUUGACCUUGAAAAAGAAGACUUUCCAGGUAGCAGAGAGACUGUGGAUGAAGUAAGAAUAAUGGCAGAUAAGGCGGUUCUUCAGGUUGAUAACAGGGAAGAAGCUGAGAAGGAAAUACAUACUACUACCUUCUCAUCUAGUACCCAGGUAUCCUGCCCACUAUGUGACCAAGGCUUCCCACCCACAAAGAUCGAGCGACAUGCCAUGUACUGCAAUGGACUGAUGGGUCAAGAUACAGUGUUGACUCGGAGACAAAAAGAGGCUAAGAGAAAGAGCAAGAGUGACAGUGGAACAGCUGCUCAGAUUUCCCUAGACAUUGACAAGAAUGAGAAGUGUUAUCUCUGUAAAUCCCUGGUCCCAUUCAGAGAGUAUCAGUGUCAUGUAGAGUCCUGUCUCCAGCUUGCAAGAGGUGGCCAAGGAGAUGGGCCUGAAGAGAGUGAUAGAGUAUGCUCAGCUGUGGAGGGGAAGCGUCCACAACGGCUGAGGAACCCAAAGGAAAAAGGCUUCAAUGAAGGCCGACUCCUCAGUCUCUUGGAACAGUCUGAGUACAAGACCACAGAUGCAGAGAUAAAGACCAAGUUUUCAGAAACAGGAGCCUUCAGGGUGCCUUCACCAGGGGUAGAAGAGGCAGGUUGCAGCAGAGAGAUGCAGAGUUCCCCUGCACGUCUUGACUUAAAUGAGUCUCCCAUCAAGUCUUUUGUUUCUAUUUCAGAAGCCACAGAUUGCUUAGUGGACUUUAAAAAGCAGCUUACUCUCCGGUCAAGUAGCCGGACACGGACCAAAGCAGGCAGAGGAAGAAGGAGGAAAUCCUGAAUUUCUAGGGUCCAAAGGUUGACAAAACCAUUAGCAAUAGGGGUGGGCCAUGUUCAUUAAGCCUUAGUGGUCUCCAGUUCAUUGUUAUGCAAGUUUUGGCCCUGCAGUUUCUACCACCAGCACCCAUUUAGUGUUCUGGUUUUUGUGCUUUCUAUGUGCUAUACAGACAGUUGUGUGUAGUAUUCUGUUUUAUAACAGUCUGUAUGAAUUCACUUACGGUUAAAAAGAAAAUUUAAAUAUAUUUAUGUUUGUAUGAAAUCUUAUUUCAAUAAGGUGGAGAUUUUCCUUUUUUUCUCUGAGCUUAGGGGAGGGAUAUUUUAAUUAUGGAGCUAGUUCUCAGCCUCAUAAAUUACAUGUUUCGGAAUGAAUUCCAUUACUGGUCUCUAGGACAUAUUGCCUAUAUUCACAGAAUGUGUAGUGCACAAUUCUGAACACUGUGUGGUUACUCUUUUGACAAUUUCUCUGACAUCGUUCUGGAAGAUGCCAGGGCAUUGAAUUCUACUUCUAUUCUGCUGUGCUUGACAUUCAGUGACUUGUCAUUUCAUCUUGCUGCCUCACCCAGUUAAGAAUUCUCAGCCAGAGCAUAGGACCUUUGAGGGAUAUGUCUGACAACUCUUGCCAGGAGUUUGUAAGUGAACUCUCAGUUAUUAGUUCCUAUAGAAUUACUUUUUCUUCCUAGAUUAACCAGUGGGGAUGCCUUGCAUAUUCAUCUGCUAAAACUGAGAUUGGUUCUCUUGCCAUCAGAGGUCAUAGCAGCAACAGGAAAUAACUUCUGUUUCAGUUCAUUAGUAGAGGAGUGCACAUUCUCGACCACAUUACCCAGGAGCUUCCAGUGAAGAGCAGAGAUGUGGUCUAUCCUCAGUGCACAGGCAGACUCCAAAGAUGGGAGGAUGUUGAAUGGCAGAAGCAACUGCCUGAGGGAGAUGACCAAACAAGGAUGUUGAGGAAGCUAGCUUUGGCCCAAGUUGAUUUGAAGGUGUAGUGGGAGAUGGUAUGAGGUGGCUGCCGACCAGGAAGGGAUCCUGGGACAAGAUAAACAGGGCACCACUCACACUCUCCUAACUUCUGACUUACCAAGUCCAAAAUUUUCUUUUCCUUUAUUUUAAAACAAACAUGAAGUGUGUGUUAGACUGAGGAGUUCAGAGAUAGCUAGAUGUAAGGCACAGCACAGGCCUUUAAUGCAUUGUUUCCUGCCUAGUUGCCUUUGCACACAAGCUCUUUGAGUUAGAAAAAGGCAGGAUGGCAGGCUCACUCUCUAUUCUUUCCACGUCUUGGUGUUGGAUGGCACUGACAUUGUGGCCAGCAUCACAUUAAUAUUGCUGUUAUUUUUUGAGCAAUUGCUAUGGUUCAGGCAAUGUGUGUAGCUUCAUUUAAUCCUCACAGCAACCUUAUGAGGUAGAUAUUAUCCUCCCCAAUUUUCAGAUGAGGAAAGAAAGGUUCAGAGUAACAAAUAAAACCACUUUUUGUCCAUGGAAGUGAGACCACAGUGCCCUGCCUCAUCAGUCCUAAUGAAAAUGCUGUAUUUUGACUCUAGUAUUGAUUAUUUUCCUGUUUUCCUUCCGAGAAAUAAAUU